UCGGCUUUGUCGGCGGGUUUUGUAACACCGUUUCCCAUUGGUCAGUUCUUCCUCCGGUUCUCGCCUUCCCUUUUGCUUCCGUUCCAUAUUGCAUCUCUUGUUUCCUGUUCCACAGUUUCACAUUUAUUAUUUGCCCCGUGUCUUCCCAAGAAAGAAGGGAAAUAAACAAACAAACCAACACCGCAGCCAGCCAGCCAAAGCAGUAUGAGUUACCAACUUUACCGUAACACUACCAUUGGGAACACCUUGCAGGAGAGUCUUGAUGAAUUCAUACAGUGUGGACAGAUAACACCGCAACUAGCUCUGAAAGUGUUGCUACAGUUCGACAGAGCUAUCAAUGCUGCUUUAGCAAGCCGUGUACGGAACAGAGUCUCAUUCAAGGGUCAUUUAAAUACAUAUCGCUUUUGUGACAAUGUGUGGACAUUCGUCUUGGAGGAUGUUGAGUUUCGGGAUGUACAAGAGAUUGCCAAAGUUGAUAAAGUGAAAAUAGUGGCAUGUGAUGGAAAGGGGGAGCCACAGAAGUAACAGUUGUACUGACAUGUGGUCAGCAGUGAAAAUUUCGGCUGGAACUCACAGAGCUACUUACUGGCAAACCUAAAAGUCAUGCUAACAGAAAGAAAAAUGCAAGAACAAAAAAAAUCUUUUAUUUA